CCAAGCAGUAGGGUAGUCAAGCACACACCAACAAGUCAGCCAGGUAAAAACGUAUACACUGGCAAGGUGUGUGUGUGUAUACAACACAACUGCGAAAAAAAAUUCUACAAACGAGAAUUAGAGUAGAUGCAUCUUCAACAUCUAUCAUCAGUGUUUUUUUUUUUUUGAAAAAUUAUCGCUCAUUUGAAAAAAAUAAAAUGUUUUUAAAAUUCAUUUUAAUCCUUUUUCUCAUCAAUGGAUUCUCAAUUUAUUCGGCAAUGGCAAUCGAAUGUUUCCAAUGUGACAGUAAUGUUGAUUUAGAAUGUAGCGAAUUGUUCGAUUCUGAUAUGACCAGUUUACGGCCAAAAUCAUGUGAUAAUGUUUAUGAAGCACGAUUCUGUAUCAAAACUACUGGAAUGUAUGGUGGUGUUAUUGGAACCAUUCGAAAUUGUUCAUCAAGAGAUUUAGGUGAUCGUUGUUCAUAUCUAAGACGUCCUGGUGAUCAACGUUAUGUUCGUAGCUGUGUUUAUACUUGUUCAUCUGAUGGCUGUAAUCAUGCCAGUUUUAUUCAUCAUCCAUUCAAUGCAUCAUUACUAUUUAUCAUAUUAAUUGCAUCAAUUUCUUAUUAUUUAUUAUCAUUAAAUUAGUUUGAUGUGUGUAUACUAAAAUGAUAAAACA